AUAAUCAAGUCCAGUAUGAGGCAGUGGUGGAAGCUGGCACUGGUGGCCAUGCUGGCCUGGGUUCUCGUUUUCUUUGUCCUUCUCACUUACUUCCUGGAUACUCGUGCCAACGAGCCUUUGACCUUAAGUGGCUCUUUGCUCUCCCAGCAUCCUGACACCCGCAGACUAAACUCCAUACAAGCCUCCAAUCCGCAACACGCCAGUGUGGGAUUAAAACCUACAUCGUAUCUCAGAGAAAUGCCAGGACUGGGCCUUUUAAGCAGCUCCUCAACCCCAGAGGCCAGCGUAAAAGUUAGCCAGAGCCCACACGGUGCUCCUUACACUACUUACAGUAGCCAGGAAGUAAGACACCAGGACUAUUUGGACCCACACAGCCUAGCUGCCUGGUCCUCCUUUGGUACAGAAAAUGUUGAGAAUGUGGGCUCUCAUUUAGAUUCUGCAGUGCAGAGCCGUGAGAGAUCAUUUCAGAUCACAGAGUAUCCGAACCAAGAUGAUACAACUCGUUACCGUGAUGGUGAUGAGGAAGACGAUGGGAAAGAAAAUGAAACUGAAGAGCUUGGAAACAGAAGGAGAGCUCCCAGAGGCAAGAGGGCCGGCGGCGACUCCACCAAUCUGGAAGAGUAUUAUUUCUCCAAGUUUGACUCUGUGGUGCAUCGACUGUGGAGAGGCCGUGUGUCCUCCAACAUGCUUAGUCCUCGACUGCAGCAAGCCAUGAAGGAAUACAUGAGUGCCAACAAACACAGCGUGUCCUACAAGGGACACCGCAGAACCAACCAGAGUGCCAAGGAGCUGCUGUGCCAAAUGAAAGGCCAGGCACGGCUGCGAACGCUGGACGGGUCAGAAGAGCCCUUCUCCUCACUCGGCUGGCUUGAUUUGGUGCCGUCACUUCCCCUGGAGCAUCUGAACAGACGUCGGGAGAGGAGCAGCUUCAAGACGUGCGCGGUGGUCACGUCUGCUGGUGCCAUGCUGCGUUCAAGACUGGGGAAAGAGAUCGACUCCCAUGACGCAGUUUUACGGUUCAAUUCUGCACCUACAGACGGUUAUGAGCGAGAUGUGGGGAACAAAACUACAAUCCGCAUAAUCAAUUCACAGAUUCUAGCAAAUCCGGCUUAUCAGUUCAACACCAGCUCCAUCUAUAAGAAUGUAACUCUGGUGGCCUGGGACCCUGCACCUUAUUCUGUUAACUUACACAAGUGGUACACCAGUCCAGACUACAACCUGUUCGGGCCUUACGUAGAUCACAGAAAGGUCCACCCUGACCAGCCCUUCUACAUCCUUCACCCCAGCUAUGUGUGGAAACUUUGGGAUUUGAUUCAGAGCAACACGCAGGAGAACAUCCAGCCCAAUCCUCCCUCUUCUGGCUUCAUAGGCAUCCUCCUGAUGAUGGCGCUCUGCGAGCAGGUGCACGUGUACGAGUACAUCCCCUCCACGAGGCAGACCGACCUGUGCCACUACCACGAGCGGUAUUACGACUCUGCCUGCACGCUGGGCGCCUACCACCCCCUGCUCUACGAGAAGAGCCUGAUCCAGCGGAUCAACGCAGGCCCCGAGAACGACCUCAGGAGGAAAGGAUGCGCGACUCUUCCAGGCUUUAGCACCGUUAACUGUGACGUCUGAAAAUAUGAAAGCUGACCCUCGUGAGCCUGAAGAGAAUACACACGAGGGCCUUUUGUGGCUAACCGAGGGAAAGAUGCAAUAAAGCCGCUGUAGACAAGAAGGCUGAAGCUUACAAGUUUCAAAUCAACCCAUGAAGAGCAAAAGCCAUAGCCCUCUGGGGAGGGAUCAACCUAGCGAUUGUCUAAAGACAGUGUCUUCAUCAAAGAUGGUUUACUUGACCAGAAACUGGAACGGAUUUAAAAAGAAAAAAAAAAAAUUAUCUGCUUUAGCUGAGCCAUGUUAGCUUUAGAGCUGACGAGGGUAGCAACAGAUCUGUGUUUUAGAUAGACGAGUGACUUCAAUAACCUGGUGUGUAUCAGUGUAGAACCUGUUCAUGGAAGGUACUCCAUUAAAAAGGAAAUGCCACUGUUUAUUUAUUCAGAUUACUUCUUUUCAAUAGUUUGGAGUGGUGUAAAUAAGUGUCAAAACUCCCACUCCGAAUGUGACGAACACAUCAGCAACUCAGAAGAAUGCAGUUUUACAGGGAGAUUGUCGAACUACCGCAGCGGUUGUUUUACUGUACAAAGUACAUAUCUUCCAGGUUGUGUCCUGUUCUCACUACUGAAACUGCUCGAUUUAAUCUUAAAUUACUGUCCUGGGCAUGCCAGCUGAAUGCAAGUUUCUUCACGUUUUAGUUCCGGUGCAAUUAUGGAACAAGAUGAAAGUAAAUGGGGCCAAAAGGAAAAGGAAGCGGGUGCUCAGAACAGCCAUAACGCCAUGCCUGGAGGUCAGCUGAACACUUUUCUCGGGUUGCCUUGUGACUGUUCACACAAAUGCAGUAACAUACUGUGGCAGGACUGCAGUACCAGUCACUAUGAAUUACCAGCCCCUGAGCUUUUCUUUUCCUCUCAGUUCACUUUUUAUUGAAUGUAAUGUCGCCCGUUUUGGCCA